AUGUCCAGUCAGCCUACUCAAAAUCACCCUGAAGAAGCCUACAAGUCUCUGGUGAGAGGCUUAAAAGAGCUGGAUCUUAGGGGCCCCUGUGUUCCCAGUGACCUGAUCCUGAUUGGAGACCAUGCUUUCCCCUUAGCAAUAAACAGCCAAGGCCAGGUCAUUAUGGCAGCUUCUCUGUACGGCUGUGGAAGGAUUGUAGUUCUGGCUCAUGAAGGCUACCUGACCAUCUUUCCUGCUCUGGUAGAGAACGCUCUGACCUGGCUGAGAGGAGAUGGAUCUGAAAACAUCUCUGUGGGGGUUCACAAGAAUGUCAAGGCGGUCGCUGAUAACCUGAGAAGAUGCAGCUUCCAAGUAGAAGUUGUGGGGGCCUUUAGUGACAACCCAGGAGUUGGUGUGUAUGUGACAGAUGCCUACAGUGUGGGCUCAGACCCAAAAGACCUGGUGGCAUUUCUGAAAGCUGGAGGAGGAGUGCUGAUAGGGGGACAAGCGUGGCACUGGGCUUCAAGUCGCCCUAAGGAGAACACGCUGCUGCAUUUUGAUGGAAAUAAGGUGUCUGGUGUUGCUGGGAUCUACUUCACUGAUCAUUAUGGUAAGGCAGAGAAUCUGCCUGUCUACCCUCAGAUCCCAUCCUCGUGGAUGCCUUUAUCCUGUGUAAUUGGCAAGAAUUUUGAAGCUGACUUGCAGUUCCUACUCCAGGGAGUUUCAGAGUUUCAGAUUCCAGAGGAUUAUACUGCCUCUGAGGUUCUUGUCCACGGCCCACUAACCUUUCCCAUCGGUACCACAGACAAAGGACAAGUGUUCCUGGCAGGAGCCUACUACGGGCAGGGACGUGUUAUUGUUGUUACACAUGAAGGACUCCUGGAACUAGAGGCGCUCGCUCCAUUUUGGAACAAUGCCAUACACUGGUUGGAUGAAGGCCACCAAGGGGUUGUUGGCAUAGAGAUGGAUCAGGCCCACAAAGUUCUCAGCAAGUCAGGAUUGAAGUGUGAGAAGACGAACUUCAAGAAAGACCUGAGUGUGUUUGUGCGCACAGCCUACAGUGAUACACAUUUGGAGGAACUCCAAGAAUUUGUAGCUGAGGGAGGAGGUCUCCUGAUUGGUGGACAUGCCUGGUACUGGGCCCAGACACACCAGGGGCAAAACCCAUUAACAGAGUUCUCAGGUAAUAAGAUCCUCAACCAAAUGGGCUUGAGUCUGUUGGCAGCAACAAUUCCAUCAGGUACCUACAAGGCCCCAGAGCCCAGCCAGGCCACCAUAGAUAACUACCACUUCCGCCACCUUCUACACCGCUUCGCUGGUCAUGUGGUGUCAGCACUCAUUGACAUCUUAAAGAAGUCUGGCAUGCCACAGGUGAGUGAGAGCUGCCCUGUGAAGAGUCCCAGAGAUCACCUGCUCCUCAGUGUGGGGUCAGAGGUUUAUAAGGUUUGUCCAGAUCCUGAUGCCCUCCUGCCCUACCUGAUCAAGAAUAACCCACUGUUGCCAGUUGUCUACAACCAAAGGAUCAAGAUUGAUGUUAAUACAACAGAGAGGGAGGAGUGGAUCAGUACAGGUCUCUACCUCUCUCCUGGAAUGAAGACCUACAUGUCCAUGCCAGCAGAGAUUGUUAACAAGGGAUGGAAGGUUCAGAUAGGCUGCCAGACAGACCAACUGAAUGCUGAAGAGUUGAAGAGAGCACCAUGUGUUUAUGAGCGAUUUCCUGUUACCUCAGACAUGAUGCAGGUGUGGAACCUGUGGGGGGGACUCAUCUACCUGGUGGCACCUCCCAAAACACAAGUGCAGGGUCCAGAAGUGACUGUGCAGAUGGCUGUACCUGCACCAUACUAUAAAUCUGGUGUGACAACAGCAGCUGAUUGGUCAUUGCUGCGCACAGCUCCUUCACCCUGGGCAGAGUUGGAGUUCGACAACAUCAUCCUCACUGUACCAUCAGAUGUUGUCAGGGCCCUGGAACGUCCUGAUGAGGUGGCAACACUUUGGAAUGACAUCAUGAGGAGUAUUGCUGAUCUUGCUGCCAUCCCACACAAAUUUCCUCGCAAAGAGCGUUUUGUAACUGAUGUGCAGAUUUCUGCUGGUUGGAUGCAUUCAGGUUAUCCUAUCAUGGCACACAAGUCCACAGCAGCUGAGCUGGUCAGUGUGGACCAUAUGAAGAGUGAAGGCCUGUGGGGUCCCAUCCAUGAACUGGGACACAACCAACAGAGAGACUGCUGGGAGUUCCCUCCACACACCACAGAGUGUACAUGCAACCUGUGGUCAGUGUAUGUGCAUGAAGUUGUGCUGGGGAUCCACAGGACAAAGGCUCACCCAGAUUUGACUUUAGAAAACCGAAACAAAAGAGCUGAAGACUAUGCUAAGGGUGGCAAGAAUCUCAGCACCUGGAGCAUGUGGGUUGCCCUGGAGACAUAUAUGCAGCUCCAGGAAUUCUUUGGCUGGGAUGCCUUCAUGAAGGUGUUUGCUGCUUACCACAACAUGAGCAACUUCCCCAAAGACAACAAAGGAAAGAUGAACCUGUAUGCUGUGACUUUCUCCCAGACUGUGGAGAUGAACCUGACUGGAUUCUUCAAGGCCUGGGGUUGGCCCAUAGAAACAUCCACUGAGGAGAAACUCUCCAACUUGCCUCCCUGGUGUGAUCACCCCUUCAUCAAAUAA